GAAUCUGAAUAUUUCCAAUUGUAGAGGACCAAACAAAACCUCCGAAAACUUCUCCAACAACCGAAUCCCACAAGUUAUGGAUAAAAUCACUGCCAAAAACCCUACUUUUUGUACUCACAACAAUGUGCUGAAGCAGCAGAAAGCAUUGGCAUGGACAAAUUGAAAGAAGCCAUAUUGAAACUGUCAAACAGUGAACCAAAUGGGCUAUUAUCACCGACCCGGAACUCCAUUCUUCAACUACGCCUUUCCCAUUUACUUUCUUCUCUUCAUACUACCCCUGAUCAUCCUCCUUAUUCUUGGAUGAUUCAAAGGGCGUUGCAGGAAUUGAAUGAAGAAGGAGGUUCGAGUGAAGACUCAAUAUCUAAGUUUAUCAAGAAAGAAUAUGACAAUUUGCCAAUGGCUCAUAUGUUCCUGCUGAAACAUCAUCUACAAAAGCUGUCUGAAAAUGGUAAAAUUCUUAUGAUUGACGGAGGAGGGCGUUUUUUGCUUGCUAGUGGUGGCAACAAUAGCGUGAAUCCAAAAACAAAAAGCAAGAGGAAGUACAAGAAGAGGAAGGGAAGGUGGGGUUGGGAGAUUAAACAAAAGAAGCGGCGGCGCAAGGAAAAGAAGGAGAAAAAGCAUGAUGAUGUAAAAGUUGUUAAAGAAGAGAAGAAGAAGUUGGAUGAGCAACAAAAUGAAGUUAAACAUGGGCAACAAAAUGGAAUACACAGGGAGUUGAAUGGGCAUCAUAAUCAACCGAACACAGAUAAAGAAGAAGGGCAAUUAAGUGAGAGGCAAAAUGGUGUAACUGGAAAGCAGCUGAUAGAAUUGUCAAAGAUGAAAGAAUCUCAUGAGAUUGUACUUGCAACAGUUGAACCAUCAUCUGAAAAGAAGCAGAAGCCGGAAGAAGGGACAUCUACCCUGGAGAAGCUCAAUGAAGAUGAUGAUUCUACAGGAUUUGAGGCAAUGUCGAUUGAGAUGUCACGUGAACAAAGACAACUGAAGCUCUGGAGCAGAGACCGAUCUGAAUCUCAAUCAGCAAGUACCUCUAAAGUGGAACCAUUGCCAUUAUGCACCUCAGCGGGUAAAAAUUUAGUACAAAUGGAAGAACCUUUGGCAAUGGCAACAAGUGAGGAGCCACUGAAUUUGAGUGAUCCUCAGCAUGAUGUGCACUUGGAGCAACUAAAACGCCAGCUUCGUCGGAGGCCUCCUAAGAACAAGGAGGAUGAGGCCAAACUAGGUACUAGUACAGCUUCGGCGCUGGCAACAAAUGAAGAGGUGUUGCCUGAUAAAAGAUCAAAUGAGGAGGUGUUAUGUUCGAAUGAUCCUCAACAUGAGGUGCACUUCAAGCAACAAAUAAAAAAGCGUUGUGGGAGGAACCCCAAGGGCAAUGACGAUGGCGCUAAACCAGGUACUAUAAUUUUGAAGAAGUUGGGAUUAUCUAAGAAGUCAAAGAAGAAACAAAAUGGUCGAAGUCUAGGAAGGCCUAGGAAGACACAAUAAAGUGAGAAUUGCAGUUCCUUGAAGCUAAAGAUGAUUAAUGGUAUAAAUUGAGAUAAAUCCCAGAAGUUCAAAUGUUAGUGAAUAACAGUAGUUGCUUGUAGUUCUCUUAUGUUUUCGAACUUGUCCCUGUACAGUAGAGGUACAAUAUAUUAAUUCAAGCUAAUAGCUUGAGUGACAUACUUUC